CUUCACGGGGUGCAGGAUCUCUCAGUUCAGAUCAGAUCUAUGCGAUUUGCAAGUGUGGCGUUUAACACCGGCAAAGGGAAUGAACAGAUCCAGUUAAUACACGUGAGGUUCCUGCCUUGAUCGGCCUGGAUUCCCUUCAAAGUCGUCUUCUCUUUCCGCGGAGUGACUUUAUUGUGUAUGCUUUCUAGUAUUUAUCCCGCAGGAAGAAAAGGAGUUCACAGGAUUACAUAUAAUUCCUACCAUGGGCCUGCUUUUUGACCAUCGCAGAAGCAUUCUCGCUUUUUAUUUCGUCUUGUUCUUGAGCCUGCUGCUGGCCUUAGCUCAGGAUUCUCUGCUCGAUACCGAGAAGGAAGACUCCGGUGGAUCUCUGGAUUUGGGCCGCCGUAGCCAAAUUACCUUGAAGAAUCUAGGCAACUAUGCGGUCAAAAACAGCGAUGAUGCAACUUAUGCCGGCAUUGCUUUUGGCCUGGAUUCUGGGUUUGGUGUCUUUGAUGCUUUUUUUGCCAGUCUAUCGAUGAUCAUCGUCAGCGAGAUUGGAGAUGAGACAUUUAUAAUAGCUGCUCUUAUGGCAAUGCGUCACCCUAAGUCAACCGUCUUAUCUGGAGCACUCUCUGCCCUUAUUAUUAUGACUGUACUUUCUACUGGACUAGGUAGGAUUGUGCCGAAUUUGAUUUCAAGGAAGCAUACGAAUAGUGCUGCUACAGUUCUUUAUGCAUUCUUUGGGUUGCGAUUACUUUAUAUUGCUUGGAGGUCAGACUCAAAGUCUUCACAGAAGAAAGAAAUGGAAGAAGUGGAGGAGAAACUUGAAGCUGGACAGGGGAAAACGACCUUCCGGCGCUUCUUUUCAAGAUUUUGUACGCCUAUAUUUUUGGAGUCUUUUAUUCUAACAUUCCUUGCUGAGUGGGGGGAUCGCAGCCAGAUUGCAACCAUUGCUCUGGCAACACACAAAAAUGCACUGGGAGUGGCAGUUGGGGCCACUUUUGGACACACCAUCUGUACUUCUCUAGCAGUGGUGGGAGGAAGCAUGCUGGCAUCUAAGAUCUCACAGCGUACUGUUGCCACGAUAGGCGGCUUGCUCUUCCUCUGCUUUUCCGUGUCUUCCUUCUUUUAUCCUCCUCUAUGACCCAUCUUUUUUCUUUUCAAUUGUCCUUUCAACCCAAAAAGAAGAGAUUAAAGGAUGGUUGUUUUCCGACCUCAACACGCAGCCCUUUUCCCUUUAUAAUAGAAAUUCCAUACCUGCAUCCCCAGGUAAGCUGGAUAUUGUAGCUCUUGCAUGUAUUCUUUUUGUAAAAAUAUUUUUUCGUUUAAAUAUCUUCUCCCCGUGCUCAUCCAUCCACGGUUUUUGUUCA